GUCUGGAUUAUCGAUUAGACUAGAAUGUCUAAUCUGUAUCUUUUAAUUUAUAUGACUGUUAUGGAAAGCUAAAGACAGAAGUGCCGACAUGUUUGUGGAAUUUUCAUUAAAAUACAGUUUUUUUAUAUUUACAGAAAACCCAGAUCUAUUGACCAGUUGACCUCUGAUAACAGAACGCCCCAAAUAGACGCUAGAAACAUCAGAUAGAAUGUCAGGCUCCUCUUUUUCGAUUUUCGUAUUAUACAUUCUUUUAUUGCUUCAAAAUUACCAUAUUGUGCAAACAAUGGACAUCCAUCGCACGAAAAGAUUUACGAAGAGUGAUAUAUGUCAUGGAACAUUUGCAACACUUGAAACAGUAGAACGUUGUCCAAGAAAUGCAACAGAUAUAGAAAGAAGGUCACGGGGAAAAAAGUGUGACAUAAACUUACCAUGUCAGGAAGACCCAUUACUGUACCACUGUGUUAGGUAUGAAGAUAGACUUGUAGAAGUAUGUGCUCCAAGAGGUCUAAUAACAGGAAACUGCUGUGCUGUGUUUAACAGAGGAGUAGGACGAGUCGUAGAAGAUUACAACAAACCUUGCUCAGAAUGUCCUUUCAAGUAUCAAUCUGCUGAUUCCGUUAGAUAUAAUACAUGUAUUGAACCAAUUGCAAAGCCACAAACACACCAAACUAAUAUAGAGAGCACAACUCCAACUGAAAAUUUUGAAUCCUGCUGCAAUGCCAAGAGAGACAAACGUGAUGCAACUUGCUGUUCGAAACUAAACAUGUCAAGAAAGGUUAACAAUGGUACUAAUGUGCCCAUAAUGAAGGCGGAAAGCGGUAAUCAGCCUGCAAGCAGUGAAAAAGAGCAGAACUUCCCAACGGAGGAAACUGUGACAAUAAUAGUAUUGUUAUUGUUUGCUUGCUGUUUAACUUUACUGACAUGGCGAAAUUGGUCACGUCUCAGGGAAUGUUCGGGAAUGAAUAUCGGCAGAAAUACACCAACCAAAGAAAUAGGCUCAAACGAGGAAAAAAUUGCAGCAACUGAAGUCAAUACAGAAAAUGCAGUAAAUGAGCAAAAACCUGUUGAAGUCCCUUUAAUUGAAAGUUAUAGAAAGGAUGAUAAAAACGUAAAUAACGUAUGUGUACAAAUGUAUAUCGAAUACAACCGUACGUGAUAACCCCGCAAGCGCAGAAAGUCAAACUUUUCAAAAAGCUUUGUAUGUUGACGACUGAUAUUUUAAGGUCAUUUUUGAUAUAUUAUGCUCAAUUUUGCUCUUAAUUUUUAUUGACCGUUUGUUUUGAUAUAUAAUCUGCUCAAUUUAGCUCUUAAUAAUUUGGUAUAAGUGACUUUUGAUCAGAAUGUGAUGGAAUUUUUAUCUAUGUGACAAGGGAAAAAUUAUCACUAAGAAUGAAUUGAGAUACCUUCUGUGUUGGCUAGGAUUCUUCCGUGCUUAUCAUCGCGCUCAAGAUAAUUGACCAUUUGUUUAAAAAAAACUGAAAAAAGUAAUCAGCAGGAUGUAUCAGAGGAGUGAGAGGGAACGAUAAUUGAACGACUGAUUAAAUGUUGCAGAUAUUUCUUGUUGCAAUAGACUGAAAAAUUACAAAGUUAAUUUUUGUGCGGCUUUUGACUUCUUGCCUCAUAUGCAGAAUGAUGUAAUAUGUUUGCAUGCCUAAUAUAGUUGUAUUAAGUAUCAAAACGCAUUUGCAUACAUUCAAAUGUACACUUGUUUUUAUUUCAAGAUGCUGUAACGAAAAUGAAAUAACUUUAAAAAGUGUUAAAUAUA